AUGGCAUGUCAUUGUGCUUACAAUGCCUUCUUAUUUUCACCAACCAGAGAGUUCUUCACCACCAACCAUAUCAUGUCCAAACCAUCAUCCACUAGAUGCAGACCCUUUCUCUUGCCCAUCACCAAUGCUACACCAUCCUACAACACCCUUGUUUCUGAGGCUGUUAGGCUCUUGGUUCCAACAGCAAAAUUUGAAGCUUCAAAACUGAAGGUUGUUCUAUUGGAAGAUCAGAUAAACAAAUAUGCAAGUAUUAUUCCCAGAACCUACAUUCUUUCCCAUUGUGACUUUACAGCUAAUCUGACUUUAGCGGUGUCCAAUGUGAUCCACCUAGAACAGUUGAGAGGGUGGUACGAGAAGGAUGAUGUUGUAGCUGAGUGGAAGAAAGUGCAGAAUGAAAUGUGCCUUCAUGUUCAUUGCUUUGUCAGUGGUCCCAAUUCCUUUUCGGAUCUGGCUGCUGAAUUUAGAUAUCACAUAUUCUCCAAGGAAAUGCCUCUGGUUCUCAAAGCAAUUCAUUUUGGAGAUUCUGCACUUUUCCGUGAGCAUCCCGAAUUGCUGGAUUCUAUAGUUAGAGUGUAUUUUCAUUCCAGCUCACAAAAUUACAACAGAAUGGAAUGUUGGGGACCUCUUAAGGAUGCAAUGGAGGGAAAACAAGCGGAUAAGUUUCAAGGGUCAGUAAGAAGAGAUAGUCCUGAAAAGUGGCGGAGCCCAAAGUCCAUAUUCCAAGCUCUUUUUGCUUUUCUUCUUUGA